CGCCUGACCCCAAAACAAAGUAUCGCGUGAACUAGCUAUACGAGAUUACAGUGUAGGGAGGGCUGCAUGGAGAGCUGGAAAGACAAAACAAAAGCCACACAUUUCAACCAACAGGCGCGGGUCGCUUUUAUUUUUUUCUGAACCAAAAACUAUUUGAUUCAUUAUCUGUAUCGUUUUCAGUCUAACGACAGUAUUAUAAUAGUUUUGCAUAAUGCCGAGUAGCACGUCUUUGCUGGAGGCCGACGAGGGAGAGUCCGAGGUCCCACCACCGCUAGUGCACGCUUUCGCCGGUAUGGGCCUUGAGGAGCACCACGGCACCCAGAGCCAGAACCCCGAACAAGUAGACGAGAGCCUCCACUAUCACCACCACCUCCAUCAGCUUCCCCCGGUUUCUCAUUUUAACCAUCUUGGUACGGUCCUAGACUUGAAGCCCCUGCAUCGGCCGCCUUCGGGAGAAGAAGUGAACAUAGCGCCCGAGGACAAUGAGCCAGAAGUUGUAGCCGACUCCUUGUUGCUAGCGCAGGCCCACCGCCAGCAACACCUCCCACCGGGACCAGGAGUCUCAGGGAUGGAGCCUCCGCACGUCGAAACUCUUUUGUUGUACAAUGGAGACGGAGAUGAUACCGGGCUUGGCGGCGGCGCCCUCCCACCGGCUGGCAACAUGGCGAUACUACCGCCCGGCAUGUAUGGGGAGUCUGGCUACGAGGCCGAGUCCUCGCUCCUGGCUCGGCGAAAGAGCGUCAACACCACCGAGUGUGUCGCGGUGCCGAGCUCCGAGCACGUCGCAGAGAUUGUGGGCAGGCAGGGCUGUAAGAUUAAGGCACUUCGAGCCAAGACCAACACGUACAUUAAGACACCGGUUAGGGGAGAGCAGCCUGUCUUUGUUGUGACAGGGCGCAAAGAAGAUGUGGCCAUGGCUAAGAGGGAGAUCCUCUCUGCUGCUGAGCACUUCUCCCUUAUCAGAGCCUCUCGAAAUAAGACGGGCCCUCUGUCUGCGGCGACGGGUGCAGGGACCCCCUCUCUACCUGGACAGACAACCAUUCAGGUGCGAGUACCGUAUCGUGUUGUAGGGCUGGUUGUGGGUCCCAAAGGGGCAACCAUCAAACGUAUUCAGCAACAGACCCACACAUACAUUGUGACGCCAAGUCGGGACAAGGAGCCGGUGUUUGAGGUCACAGGGAUGCCGGAGAACGUGGAUCGUGCGAAGGAUGAGAUAGAGGCGCACAUCGCCAUCCGCACAGGAUCUUGUGGAAAUAUUGAGGCUCCUGGUGUUGACAACAAUGACUUUCAGUACAAUGGCACAGAUGUCAGCUUUGAACAUGCUGCAGCAGCUGGGUUAGGGGGGGCCGGAUGGCUGCAUGCAGGUGCAUCAUCCCAAAAUGGUGGCAGCUUGCUGCCAAUGAGUCUCAACGGUACUCAGCGAAUCAAUAGCAAUAUCAACAGUGGUAUCAGGAUGUCUUCCACCUACCGAAACGACAGCUCCAGUUCCCUGGGCAGCGGCUCCAGCUCAGCUGAUUCGGUCUAUGGCACCAGUAAUGGUAACCGAAUGGCAGAUCUGAGCCCGACCUGUCAGUUCAAUGCCAACGCUAACAACAACAACAACAACAGUAAUGGUGGCAGUGCAAAUUUCUGGUUUGGCGAGAACGUUCUUCCUGAGGAGCUGGUCAGCCUUGGAGUUGCAGGCUCUUCCUCCGGCAUCGAUCCGUUAACCAUCUCCACUGCUCAAGCAUCACACCCUGCUACCCAGCCACAGAUCUGGAGCCCUUAUGUGGACCAACAGCCCCCACAUACCUUUGAUGCUCGUCAUUCUCAGAACAGUCAGCCUGGAACGCCCCGGCUCUCUCCAACAGAAGCCUUGGAGCACCCUCAGGCCAGGAGAGUUCUCAGAGGGCCUUUCGGCUCGACCGGGGCUCAUGAUGUCCACAGGUUCCCCUCUUACAGCUCGGCCUUUUCCUCUUCCAGUGAAAGCACGGCUUCCUCUUCCUCCCCUCCUGAAUUCUCCCUCUCCCAUCGCCCGGGAGUUGUAUCAGCAGGGAAGGGACAGGAAAUAUGCAUCCACUGCAUGGAUAACCAGGUGAUCGCUGCCUUGGUUCCCUGUGGCCAUAACCUUUUCUGUUUAGAUUGUGCCACCCAUAUAUGCCAGAGUCCAGACGCCGUUUGCCCUGUGUGCCUGUCCCCGGUUACACAGGCCAUUCAGCUGCGCAACAUUUGAUUUUAAUCCAUUUAUUGACGGCUGAUGAGGGAUCAGCCUCCCCAACACUUCUAAAUUGUAACAUGUAGGGAAAUUCAUUGUUUAGGUAUAUCCUCACACUCGUCAUAGCUGGUGUUUGGUUGACAAAAGUGAGGAAGAAUAGGUGAAUAAGGAAUGAUAUAUAUUUAGGGCAUGGGUUAGGGUGUUCAGCCCGACAUGUGCCUGCAUUGUGAAGUCUUCUUCCAUGAUUGAUUGAUUGAUUGAUCAAUGGGAGGGUUGGAAACCCUCUGUGUAGCAUUGGGUGGGGUGGGAUAUAUAUAUAUCUAUAUAUUUUUGCUCAUCAUGAUUUUUGAUUUAAGUGUUCUCCUCCCUGAAGCAUUAUCAGUUUCUGCCUACCUAUAUUUUUUAUCGAUUAAAAAAAAAAGUAUUUUGAAUUACAUUAGAAACAUAAUGCUUUCAGGUCAUGGUUAAUUUUUUUUCAACAUGUCAAAAGUUUUCUCCAUUAUUUUAUUUUUUUAAUUCGCUGCUACAAAUUGUUUUUAUGUGAAAUAGAGCCAAGCCCCUUUGCCUCCCAAUUAUUGUGUUCACUCAAAGGUAAACAGAAGUGAGCCUGUUUACAUGAGUCCCACAUAUUAAUAUGUAUAAAAUAGGGUGCUCCUUGUUACCACAGAAGUCGAACUGGAUAUAAUAUACACAUGCUGCAUUAUCCUGGAAAAUGCCACACUACCCAUGACAAUUUGUGUAAAUAUCAGACGAGCAAAGUGUACCUGUUUUCGUUUAAACGGAAUAUGAUGUUUACAGGCUCCAGAUCAAACAUUUUCGAGUAUUGCUUAUAUCAGAAGCAUAUUGACGCAGCACGUAGACAUACACACAAAGGAGUUUUAAACAAGUGGGUCAAAUCCGCAACUGCAAAUUGUUCACACUCCAGUGGCAACCUCUUGUUGCGUCAGUUUUCCUUCCCUCCCAGACUAGAACCAGCAAGGGGUUAACUUCCCUAUGUUGAAUACCAGGAUGUUACGUUGCUUUCCAUUUCUACUUUUACAAAACUGUUUACGGUAAACUUGUGCCUAAUUCCAUUUCUAGUAAACAAAAAGUGUGUUUGAAAAAACAAAAUUGGAACAAAAAGUGUUGAGUGGACGCAGUGUUGUUUGUCUUAAAACAAACUUGUGGCCUUUUUGGAAAGCCUGCAAUGAACUGACAACACUAUCUACCCAUUCAGAUCACGCUAACGGCCCGAGGUCUUAAUGUAUUCUUCAAAGUUUAAUCUCUUAAAUGCCUCUCUGGUGAUCACAGGUUAUCUAACAGGGAUGUUUGGUUUUGCUUCCCAUUUUUAAUUGAGCCUUUUCCAAAUAUUUACCAUCUAUUUGCUAGCACCAAACACUCCCAUUUUAUCUUACUUGUAUGUCCAUAUAUUUCCAUAUGUUCUUCCCUUUUUUACUUUUUUUCAAUUAUAUCCUUGUUUGGGCAAACCAUGUCCAGAUUCUCGGCCAGAAAGAUAUGCACAGCUUGUCCCUUUAGGAAACAUUCCUCCUGCCCGUAUUACAUUUACUUUUUUGGACAAUUCACUUACCCUGCUCCUCACAGCGAUGUGAUGUCGUGGUUGGUAAGCAGAUCAAUUAUAUUAGGAUGCAAAAUUGAGACAGCAGCCAUCAAUGUCUCGUCUACCAGGCCUAUGCAAAAAUCAUCUCAGUAAACUACCAAAGGAGAUAAACUGAACUAUAUUGGGCGUAAACCUGUAGACAGACACUUCCCUUCAGAUUGCUGGUAGCUGGUAACUACAUUUCAGUCAGGGUUAACUUUCAUUACCUGCUUUAAUGCAUUGACAAGAUGCUUCAUUGGCCCAUUUCACCUGUCUCUUCAGCUCAAUUGCUGUUGUUUUGUGCCCUAGUAAGCACAGCCUUUCUCAUAUUUUAUCACACUAUUGACAAGAAUGGACUCCAAAACAUAGUCUGAUCUUUGUCCACCCCCCUUCAGUGCGCAUCUGUCUGUUCCUGCUCCUAAAAACUCAAGAAAAAGGUACAAAUUGGUGGAAAUCAUCUCAAAUCUUAGCUUUAAACGGCAGUGUCCUUAGACUUUGUUUUACAGGAUUAAAUGAGUUGAUGGACAUUUGGAAGGAGAGCCAGCUGGAAUGAUGUAAUCUGGGACUGACACUACAUGAGGUCAAUACUGUUGCUUUACCUUUUUGGACAUAGGACAGCAGUCCGUCUAGCAUUCCAACUGUAAACGGUAUUUGGGAGAUAUUAUAUACUUCCGUUUCUUAAAUAUCAUCUUCUUUCAUGGGUGAUUGAGAUUUCUCAAGGAAACGGAACCGAAUGAGUCCCAAAAGUGCAAAAAACCCUGCUUUUGCCCCUUGGGUCUUCUCUCCGUCCUUUUUAUUUUAUUUCUCCCAGCUCUACGAAGGGUGGAUCUCCUCUCUCGGAGGGAACGCAAUACACUGUUAGCCCUCAGUUUAUUGACAUUUUUGUGUAUGUAUUAUAUGAUAUUACUGUUAAUGACUGAUGAAUAUACAGAACUUAUUUUUAUUUUGUUACAUUUCAUAUAUAUACACAAAUAUAUCUAUAUUAAAAUGUUUACAAUAAGAUUUUAAUUUUUUUUUUUACUUUUCUGAGUGAUCAAUUGAAUGAAGAGUUGGAAACCCAGAAAUGUUGCAGAAGGGGGUCAAUGCUAUCUGCUUGUAGUCUAGUUAUUAGUUUACAGUAUUGAUGAUAAUCGUAUUGAUAGCUGCCGUUUAGUGGAGAAUGGAAUGUGCAUCACGAGCAUGUCUUCAUUAUGUACAGCCAAUGUAAAACGUAACACUGCAACUGUAAAAAGGCCAAGGAUUCUAGCUGCCUGUCAUGUCUGUACGCCACCAAAUUAAGAACGGUAUACUGUAAAAUGUAUCUUAGAUUAUCUAUAUAUAAAUACAUAUAUUGUUAAGCUGUACCAACAGUUCAAAGUAUUUGCUAAUUUUACUACACUUUUGUUAUGUAUAUGUCGGAGGAGUCUUAUGGCAUAUAAAUUCUUCAAAUUAAGUCAGGAGUUUAAAAGCAGACUAUAUUUUAUAACGGCCUUUUAAGUUAUUGCGGCCAAAGCACUGAUAUUAUAUAUUUGCUGUAAAGAGAAUUUAAGAGUUUUAUUUUUCUGAUAUUAAAGUUACUUAAUAAAGACGGUUUCAUUUUAAGAAUUGUCGGACUAGUGUGAUUCAUUCAUUAUGUCAAAUGGUGCUUUAACGUUUGUUGCAUUCUGCCAGGGACUUUUUGAGGAACAUCAAGAAUAUUUCUAAAUGUGUUACUUGAUUUUGACAAGUUUCCCUAAUAAUAAACAUUUACUUUUCAUAAUUUC